AUGGGCAAUCUUGGUGACCUGUCGCCCCAGGGGAGUGUCGCGUCUGCAUUGCAGAUUGGGGUUCUUGUCGGGUUGAUCUCGACUAGCCUGCAAGCGAUCGGACUCACCCUCCAGCGCAAGUCGCAUCUUCUCGAAGAUGAGAAGCACCCAUACGAGCUGCGACGGCCUCCUUUCAAGCGGCGGAGAUGGCAGCUGGGGAUGAUGAUGUUCGUUGUUUCAAACAUCGUCGGGAGUACAAUCCAGAUCACGACGCUUCCGCUCCCUGUGCUUUCUACCCUCCAAGCUUCGGGGCUCGUUUUCAAUACCGUCUUCGCUACGUUGAUUCUCGGAGAAGCUUUCACUCGAUACUCGCUAAUAGGUACGCUCUUGGUAUGCGCCGGCGCGGUUCUUAUAGCGGUCUUUGGAGCUAUCGGAGAGCCAGCGCAUACCCUCAAUCAGCUCCUCGUACUUCUCCGCGGUCGGGGUUUUAUUCUCUGGGUAGCUGGAACGGUCAUGCUGUCGAUAGUGAUCUUCGCUGGAUCGAAGGUUCUACAGGCCGUCACUUCUCGCUCAAAACACCCAACGCUCCGAAGUUCAUACGCACCACGUCUCAAUCUAACGCAUAACCGAGUUAGGCUCAUACGCGGACUAUGCUAUGGGAUGAUAAGCGGCAUUCUAUCCGCCCAUACGCUCCUCCUAGCCAAGUCGGCCGUAGAGCUACUGGUCCGGACAAUCGUGGAUCGCCAUAAUCAGUUCAAUCGCUGGCAGUCAUGGGUUAUCCUGCUUUUAAUGGUUAGCCUUGCGCUCUUGCAACUGUACUACCUGCAUCUGGGUCUGAAGCUUUGCAGCACCAGCAUUCUCUACCCGUUUGUCUUUUGCAUUUACAACGUUAUCGCCAUUUUAGACGGCUUAAUAUACUUCCGCCAAGUGUCGCGACUCACAAAGCUCCACGCGGGGCUCGUCGCAUUGGGUACAGUCAUCCUCCUAGGAGGCGUUCUCUGUCUUUCCUGGCGACUGGAAGACAUUGACAGCCAUACUAUGGCCGUCUCAGGUCCGUCCCAAGCCGCCAUAGGCCCCGGAAUGGCCGCCAUAGACGAAACCACUGAGGGUCCGGUGAGGCUCGACUUAGACGACGAAGAAGAACGGAUCGGCGAGCGCGAACCCCUACUCCGUCCCCGUCCGCUCCAAGAAUCAACGCGCCAGCGAGCCCCAAGCCUCCCUCUCUACGCAACAAUGUCCAAACACAAACGGACCUCCUCCACAAACAUGGACCCAGCCUCCAUCUGGGCUGAACUCGAAGACUCCGAUAUCGACAUCGAAAACGCCCCCACAGGCGCGCGAUCCUCCCUCUUGACCCGCUUCUCGAUCGACCCAAUCCAAACCCGCCCACGAAGCAAAAGCGGAGCCCCCUUCCGCUUCUCAUCAGGCUCAGGCUCCGGCUCAGGCUGGAGCUUAAGACUCCCACGCCGGUUUCAAAACGAUGCCGCUAGCAGCAGAUCACAACCGCAGCCUCAACCGCGGCGAACAUCCUUCUCGGGCUCAGGCCCGGGUCCCGAACAGCGCCUAUUACUCCCGAAGCGACGAGCGCUAACCACGCUCACUGGAUACGGUACAGCCUCAUCGACCACCUCACUUCCGGAGUCAGGCGGUCACUACCAGUACCAGCCAGAAAACACAUCGCCCGACUCGAGGUCAGCAACAGGCCGUCUUCUCGCCGGUUCGAGGAACGCGCUUGGAGCUUGGAGGACGGGAAUGCAGUACUUAGCCCGUCUGACGGGGACGGGGGCGGGGACGGGAACGGGGAGUAGUCGGCGAAGCGCCAGGGAGCGGAGAGCACUUGACUCAGAAGCGAACCAUAUACCUCCUACUACUAGACAUCAUGAUACCCCGGGGCCGGAGCAAUAA